GGCGGGCCACGACGCACGCCAUCCAGCGAGGCAUCGGACACAGCGCUUUCUUGCGCGGGCGCCGUGGAUCCCGCGGCGUCUCCUGGCGGCCUUGAGGUCGCCACGCUGGCCGCUCUGGCCCGCCUGGCGUUGGGUGGGCGGCAGGUGUGCGCCCACAUGAGCCAGCGGCAUUAUGGCCGCAAUGGUCGUGGUCGGGGCCGGGACUUCGCCGGCCGUGCCCCACCCAAGAAGAAGGUCAAAAACCUCAUUCCGGAAAGGUGGAAAGACUAUCUCCCAGUUGGACAGCGGAUGCCUGGGACUCGGUUCAUUGCUUUCAAAGUUCCUUUGCAAAAGAAAUUUGAAGCAAAGCUUAUGCCAGAAGAAUGCUUCUCUCCUUUGGAUCUUUUUCAUAAAAUUCACGAACAAAAUGAAGAACUUGGAUUGAUAAUUGAUUUAACAUAUACUCAGCGCUAUUAUAAAGCAGAGGAUUUGCCAGAAACUAUUUCUUAUAUAAAAAUUCUUACAGUUGGCCAUCAGGUACCCAGUAAUGACACUAUUUUUAAGUUCAAGUGUGCAGUUAAAGAGUUUUUAAAGAAAAAUAAAGACAAUGACAAACUUAUUGGUGUCCAUUGCACCCAUGGCUUAAACAGGACUGGCUACCUCAUUUGCAGAUAUUUGAUUGAUGUAGAAGGCAUGAGGCCAGAUGAUGCAAUUGAAUUAUUCAACAGGUGCCGGGGGCACUGCAUAGAACGGCAGAACUACAUUGAAAACCUGCAGAACCGUCGGGUCAGAAAGAACCGGAAUGUUAGCACAUCUAGGUCAUGUGGUCUUGAAGACUCAGCACAUCUUAUGGAACACAUCCACAGCACUAACAAGCCUGUGAACCAAGGACCUCGGAACAACUGGCCUGGUGGCCAUCCACCACCUCCCCGGCAUUUUCAUACCCAGACCCAGAACUCACAGCAGUCAUUCAGAAAAUUUUCACAAAACCAGAGUGUUUACCAGAGAGGCCUUGUCCCUCCUCCUGGUCCACCUGGAGAGGACUAUUCACAAAGAAGAUUCUUCUGGAACGUGAAGCCAAACAGCAGUCAAGCAAGCCAGAGUAAGAAGUGGACUUCUGGUGGUUACCAGAGACCUUUCUACCCAGCCUCCUGGGGAUGGACCCAGUGAAGCCCACCUGGCUGGGCUCUUCUAGGGCCGCCUGAGAUCAGAGCUGGACAGAAGACAGCUGGAUGGAUUUUAAUAAAAUCAGGUCAAAAGAAUUAAACAAAUUUUUAAACAUUUUUUAACUUUUUAUAAUCUUUUAUUAUUCCUUUAUGUAUAUUAAGUUUAAAGAUGAAUUGCAUUGGUGAUCAGUCCAGAACACUUCUCAUUACAGGCUCAGCUUUUCUCAAAGAUUUCUGAAUGGAUAAACUAUUAUGAACUUGCCAA